GCCCUCGAUUCACCACCAGGCACCCACCGGCCAUGGGGCUCUCACGGCACAAGACGGCGGUCUCGCGGAUUGCCAGCAGCAUCCGUGGCUUCUACGAACGCAAGGAACCCUUCCGAAUCAACCACGGCUCGACGAACAGUACGCGACCGAUCCGCCGCGACCGCCAAGUCGACAUCGGUGACCUGCGCAAUGUCCUCCAAGUCGAUCCGACAACGCGAAGGGCGCUCGUCGAGCCCAAUGUCCCCAUGGACCGACUUGUCGAGGCCACUAUGAAGUACGGGCUGGUGCCGCCGGUGGUGAUGGAGUUUCCGGGGAUCACAACGGGUGGUGGAUUUGCCGGAACGGCCGGCGAGAGUUCGAGUUUCAAGUACGGGUUCUUUGACAAGACGAUCCAUUCGGUGGAGAUGGUUCUGGCAGACGGCAGUGUGGUGAACGCGUCGGAGACGGAAAAUGCGGAUCUCUUCCACGGCGCUGCUGGUGCGGUUGGGAGUUUGGGCGUCACCACGCUGAUUGAGUUGCAGUUGAUUGAGGCGAAGAAGUUCGUCAAGGCGACUUAUCACCCGCAACGCAGUGUCGGGGACUCCGUGCGUUCGGUGCACGAACAUACUCUGAACGACCGGAAUCACUAUGUUGAUGGUAUCCUAUACGGACAGGAACACGGCGUUGUGGUCGCGGGCGAAAUGACGGACGAGUUACCCUCCGCGACACAGGUGCAGACGUUCAGCCAUGCUUGGGAUCCCUGGUAUUAUCUGCAUGUCCAGGACAAGACAAGGAAAUUUGGUGGCCCCGUGACAGACUACAUCCCGCUGGCCGAGUAUCUGUUUCGCUAUGACCGCGCUGGUUUCUGGGUGGGCCGGUCUGCGUUCCAAUACUUUCAUUUCCCCUUCAACCGGUUGACGCGCUGGUGGUUAGACGACUUCCUACAUACGCGGAUGCUCUACAAGGCCCUUCAUGCCAGCGGGGAGUCAAGUCGAUACAUGAUCCAAGAUCUGGCCCUGCCGUACUCCACGGCGGAGUCCUUCAUUGACUACACGAGCGAUAAACUGGGGAUCUGGCCAUUGUGGCUCUGUCCUCUCAAGCAGAGCCCGGCGCCUACAUUCCACCCUCACGAGACCACCGUGAAAAGCGAGGGCUUCACGCCCGGACAGAUGUUGAACAUCGGAGUAUGGGGUUUCGGACCCAAGGACCCGGACACGUUUGUCGCGGCAAACCGUGACCUCGAGCGACGUCUACGGGAGCUCGGCGGUAUGAAGUGGUUCUAUGCCCAUACCUACUACAACCAGGACGAAUUCUGGGGCAUUUACGACCAGAAAUGGUAUGAUGGCCUGCGACAGAAGUACUCGGCACAGACUCUGCCUAGUGUGUAUGAUAAGGUCCGCAUCGAUGUUGAGGCAGACCGGAAGGAGCGCAGCGAAUCCUGGAGUCGCAAGUUGCGGGAUAUCUGGCCCUUGGGUGGGCUUUGGGGCAUUCGCAAGGCGAUUGAGAGCAAGGAUUAUUUCAUCCAUCGCAAUUCAGAAUGGAAGUGGAAAGGAUAAACCAUGUACAAAAUGUAAUAUAGACGGUCAUGCAGCGUACGUUAGCUCGAUAGAUGUGUAUAGUUAGAGAUAGACUAAAACUCAAUGAAGAUUUAUCGUCAGCU